GGAGACAAUUUUACAAAACAUUAAACAUGAAGUACUCGAAGGACCUGAUCAUCGCAUGCGUGCUAAUUGGUUUGGUUGUGCGCAGUCAUGCUGCACCAUCUUCAAGGAGAUCGCGAGCGGCAGCACUGCCAGAAGCAACGAGUGGCCGCCAGAGCAAGCUAACAGAAGAAUACAAAGAAGAUGGCACUACGGCAUCGCCUGCACCACCUACAAACAGGAGGAACAAAGCGUUGAAUCUCUUUGGUUACUUCCCAUCCUUUCUGUCAUCGGGUCUAGAUUAUAACGAAGAUGAUGACGAUGACGUCACUUUUGCCGUCAACGACGACCAUUUCGAUGAUGACGAUUUGUCCAGAACCAUCCCUUCAAGACGCCGACAGCAGAAUAAGAAGAAAAACGGCAACGGGGACAAUUAUCAAAACGAUAACUUAAAUUCACUGCAAUACGACAACUCCCCCAUUUUCUACAUCAGACUGCCUCCGACUCCGUAUAUGUUCGUACCCGGUCUCGGUUACGUUUCUCAGCCUCCUAACCUAGGGCCUCCUAUGCCUCAGAGUAUGCCUCAAGUGGAUCCGUUCAUAAACCUGCCUUUAGAUUUCGUGUCAAACGGGAAGCCUACAGGCGUGUACCAAUGGAGCAGCAAUGGUGGGUAUCCUCAAAUGACUCAGGUACCACAAAUGCCUCAGAUGCCUCAAAUGGAUCCAUUCGGCUACGGCGGGCAGCCGAUGAUGCAGCCAAUGCAGAGGCCUAGCUACAACAACGUGCCUUCCUACUCCAAGCCGAAGCCAAAACCGGCGCCUACUAAUUCUAAAGUCACUAAUCUUAAAGGUCAAUACGUUUUCAAUGGAAAACCUAAUGACAGCGUCUACGUUUUGCGAGACACGUAUAACUCCAUAUACUCUGAUGCGCUCCAGAACUUUUAUCCUUAAAGAUAAUCUGGUAUAGCUAGGAAGUGUUAAGCUGGCUCGUAUCGAGCUGAACGUAUUUUCAAACAAAUGCAAUGAAAUGUGUAAAGUCAUUACGACUUUUGGUGAAGUUAAUUGAGAGCGCAAUGUCCAGUCAACGCAUUACAAAUCCGGUUUCAUGAUAAGCAUCAGAGAGUGGAUUAAAUUUUUGUAGUAGGUUGCUUUACAAAUCAUAAUACUAAUAAAAUGAAUUGAAAAUUUAAAUCGGUGGUUCUUUUUCAUAAACAAUUGUCAUAAAUGUAGCGACUGCCAAUGCUAAUGAAAUAUCAGCAUUUUAUUAUUGACUUUUUAGUGAAUAAUUAUUAAUUAGCGAGGUGUCGCUUGGUUGGGAAAAUAUUUUUAUAGAACCGCCGAUUUAAAUCAACGUACAGAG